CAUGAGCUCGCUGUCGUGGUCAUGUGUUUUUUCCCUUCCUAUCGCUCCCUCUCUCUCCUCCUCUCCCUCUCUCUCUCGCUCUCUCUCUCUCCUCCUCUCACAUGUUGUCCAAGAGCUUUUGUUGGUUUUGCCUUCUUAAUUAUAUGCAUGUAGGUUAAAUGAAUACCUGACGAAAAGGCCCCUGGUUUUCACAGUGUAAUUCGAUAGCUGAGAGGAAAAAGUGGCUGUAACCAACCGUUGGAAUUCACGUUUUCUUUUCUCCUGUUUUCGCCUUUGAGAAGAUGAUCACUAGCUCCAGUGUACAUGGCUUAAAGAUGCAGUGGACCCCAGAGCAUGCGCAGUGGGCCGAGCAACAUUUUGACAUCUCAUCCACCACACGUUCCCCCGCACAUAAAGCAGAGGCAUACCGCGGACACCUGCAGCGGACCUACCAGUAUGCCUGGGCCAAUGACGAUAUAUCAGCACUGACGGCCUCCAACCUUCUGAAGAAGUAUGCAGAGAAGUAUUCCGGUAUCCUGGAGGGUCCCAGCGAGCGGGCGCUCCUGUGCUCUUACUCCGAGAGUGCCCCAGGACUCUUGAACGGACGCAAGUCGGAGAGUGAAGCAUGGCAGGAGGGGAUCUACCCAAUGAGCUGUGCUGCAGAUGUGGUUUCUGCAAGUAAGACUGGCAUGACGCCUGCCCUGCCUCCUCCAGAUGUUACGGCAAGUGUCGGCAGCUCCACAGGGGUGCCGAGUAGCUUGAGCGAGCCCAGCUACUCCAGCAGUAACUGCGGGAAUCAUGCGUCUACUGCACUGCACUCGGGGAUCCCCUCUCAGGAAUUCGCUAGCAGUUACAAUGGCUCGUACUUGCAUUCCACUUACAGCGGUGGGCAAAGCACACCAGCUCUCCCGUCCCCACAUCCCUCACCUUUGCACAGCGCUGGGCUGCUUCAGCCUCCACCUCCGCCACCUCCAACCCUAGUGCCCAGCUACAAUGCAAGUUCCCCCAAUCUCUCCAGUUACAAUUACCCUCCAGCAGGUUAUCCCCCACAGACUGCUGUUGCCCCAGGCUACAGCCCAGGAGGAGCACCCCCUCCCUCAGCUUACUUGCCCUCAGGCAUUGCUGCCCCCACUCCCCUACCCCCUUCCACCCUUCCCGGUUACUCCUACCAGUCCCACAACCAUGCGCCAAUUGCACCAACACCUUUGAACGGCAGCUCGGCCAAUACACUGAAAAGGAAAGCGUUUUACAUGACGGGCCAGGGAGAUAUGGACUCCAGUUAUGGAAAUUUCAACUACAGCCAGCAGCGUUCUGCUCAAAGCCCCAUGUACAGAAUGCCAGACAACAGUCUUGUUGACUCAACCAGGGGGAAUGGAUUUGACAGGAACGCUGACACAUCAUCUUUGGCGUUUAAGCCCACAAAGCAGUCAGUGCCACCGGAUCAGCAGCGGAAAUUCGGCAGCCAGUCCGGCAGGGCACUAACCCCUCCUUCUUACGGAUCCUCCAAAGGUUCCUUGGGAUCCCUGCGGCCAGGCGAGUCUUUUGGAAAGUUCGGUUCCCCCGUUUUGAGUGACCACGGUGACGACAACAGACAGCAUCACCCCCAUUCCAUUGGCACGGCCACUUCAUCCAGCCACCCUGCUGAGGAGCAGUUAAAAAACAGCGAUGCUAGUUUGGUAGAGAUGGUCACCACUGAGAUUCUGCAGCAGACACCCCCUGUGGACUGGAGUGACAUUGCUGGACUGGAGAUGGCAAAAGCCACCAUCAAAGAUGAGGUCCUGUGGCCUAUUCUGAGGCCAGACAUGUUCAGCGGUAUGGCCACAUUACCUCGCAGCAUCCUUCUCUUUGGACCUCAGGGCACGGGCCGGACUCUGCUCGGUCGGUGUAUGGCCAGUCAGCUUGGCGCAGCUUUCCUCCUCCUUAGCGGCUCCGCACUGGUCACAAAAUGGCUUGGAGAGGGCGAGAAGAUCGUCCAGGCCUCGUUCCUUGUCGCUCGCUGCCGGCAGCCUUCAGUGGUUUUCAUCAGCGACGUAGAUCUGCUGUUGUCUGCCCAGUUGAGUGAAGAAAGUCCUGUGAACCGAAUCAAGAGUGAACUCCUCCUCCAGCUCGAUGGAGUUCUAAGUUCUCCAGAGGAACAUGUUCUAGUAGUAUGUUCCACCAGCAAACCCGAAGAGAUUGAUGAGUCUCUACGAAGGUACUUUGUUAAGCGGUUGCUCGUCCCCUUACCGGAUGCCACCGCACGACACCAGAUAAUCAGCCAGCUGCUCUCACAGCACAACUACUGCCUCAGCGACAAAGAGGUUGCACUGCUUGUUCAGCGGACAGACGGCUUCUCUGGGUUGGAUGUGGUCCGACUUUGCCAGGAGGCCAUGGUUGGUCCUCUCCAUGGCAUGUCCGGCGCAGACCUUUCCGGAAUGAUGCCAGGUCAGAUGAGACCGGUGUCAUACCAAGACUUUGAGAAUGUGUUUUGCAAAAUCCAGCCCAGCAUAUCACAGAAAGAACUUGAUACAUACACUGAAUGGAAUAAGAUGUUUGGUUGUAGUCAGUAAAGAGCAAGGGUGUAAUGAAAUCUGUGGGGUGACCUCCUCUACUCUUAGAGGGGAUACAAUUCAGAAUUCUUUGGGUGACACAUGCAGUUAAACAGUGUGGUUAUUACAAAUGUAGAUGACCCCUAAAGAAGAACCUGAAGGACGGUCAGAUACAGUUGAAUGAUGCAUGGCUGUACUUAAGUCAAGGUCUGGCCCUUUGCACAUAAUCCAGACAGAGAAAUACUGUUUUCUGGGCUCAGUACUGCAGACGCAGAGCUCCGCUUACCGAGGAACUCUGUAAGUGAGGACAAACUUCUUUGUGUGUAAAUAUCAUUCUGCUGUUUUUGAGAUUUUGUUGCUAUGAAGUGCCUGAAGUGGUGCUUUAUUGAUUUGUAUUUGGAUUUGUUUGCCUCACCAUCUACAUUGGUGGCAUGUGCUAAUAUAGAGAGCUUUAACAUGAAACUAAAUCAGACAUGUUCUUUUCGUUCCUUUCCUUGUUUUCGACACUUCUCUCAAAAGAACAACAGUAUUCCUCAAUCAAGUCUGACCUGUAGACCCCAGGAAGGGCAGGAGAAGGUCCAUGUUGUACUUUGAAUCUGGAUCCUAAGUUAUGAAAUUCGUUUGUUUGAUUUUCUUCAAAAACUCAGGAAAGUGAUUGUGAUUUGUACAGUACCUCAAAAAAGAUUAUGCGAUAGCACUACAUACUGCUGACUACAUUGGGUUUGGUUUCUAAUUUGCUUCUAAAAUUCUAGGUUUACCUCAACCAAUUAAAAAAAUGAAAAGGAUAUGACUAUGAAUGUAACCAGAACAUUUCUGGGUUGUUUGGAAGAAAAAUUUGGGGAGUUUCUUUUUCCUCUGUUAUAUUCUUAUUGUUCUUUCUAAAUUACAUUUAAAUUCCAUUGUGGACAUUGCUUUAAGUUUUGAAAGCAGAAUUGUGUGCCAGUAUUGACUACAGCACCUGUUCCUCCCUGCAUAGCACAGUUCAGACUCUACAACGAACGCUCAGAGAUGGGCACUAUCUGUUGUGUAGAUAAGGUUCGUCUGAAACCACAUCCACGCCAGAGUAUGCAGUAGACGUUAACAUUUGCGUGUUUGUCUCCUCUCUGCAGAAUAGAGUUGGGGUGAACCAAAACUUUACAAAGAGGCUACCAGAUUCUUGAAGUGGAAAUAUUUUCACAUUCUUCGUAACAGUUACGUACGUUUUGUUUUUGUUUCGGACUCUGUCCUGCUGCUGUGUGGUGUUGGUGUAAAGAUAUCUGAAGGAUCACGUGUACCCUGCAUUCUGUUCUACCUCAGUUUAGCACUAUUUUCUCUGCAACUAGAACAGAAAGAUGAGAGCUUGGUGUCUUCAACCUCUUUAGGUUUGCUCUGCUCUGAAGCCUCCAUAAAGAACAAGCUGCCUUUUUUCCAAAAAAAAAAGAAACAACAAAUGUUUGUCUCACACUACCUGUGCAAUUCUUCUGCUUCGAGUGCCCAGAUGACUCUAAACACCCCUUUGUGUAAACACACACGCAUAUUAUUGAUGGGGUCUCUGUGGGGCCACUUACUGGGGCCACGUUGCCUAAAGCCAGAAACAUACUCUACGCAAGUAUGCAAGUGCUUAUAGCAACGCAGGUUAAAAGAUUGCUAGUGUUGUUGCUUUCCAAAAUGCUUCAAACUACAAUUCAUAACGUAAUGCAAGUGACACUAAAGUAUCAUUACUAUAAACCUCUUCUACAUUUAUGCUGCAUGCCAAUUUGCAUACUGUUUGUCCUAAAUAGUGUUCAAAAUUAUAAUUACUGUGUCCUAAAUGGUUGUAGGCUAAAUGAGUGUUCCAAAGGUACUUGUGUGGUUCCAUGCACACUUUAAUGGUUAAUAUUGCCCACAACCCAACCCAUCAAUUAGAACUACAAAAUCAAAUAAAAAGUGUUUAAAAACUACAAACAUGGUGGGACAUGCGAGACUGACGGUUAAGUAUAGAAAGUUUGUGAUUUUAUUAAUCAGUAUCUAAUCUGAUAAUAAAUAUAUAUAUUUAACGAUUUCCACAUUAUUAUAUAACAUUGCAAACUUUUUGUAAAGAUAUGUUUGGUCAUUAACUUUUAAAUGCAUCUUUAUGCAAACAGACUGACAGAUCAAUGUGCCACUUAAUUUAUCUCCAAUAUGGUAGAAAACUAAAUUAAAUGCAAUAUGGAGGAUGUUAACUCUGACAAGAUGAUUGACAGGGUAGUUUAAACAGUGAUGAUAUCCAACAUAACCAAGCAACAGAUCGGUCUGUUAAAGACGCAGUUAUGAUGAAAUUGUAUGUACCAAAGAGAACAUACUUUUAGGGCUUAGUAUAAGGCGGCGAAUUGGGAUGCAGCAUCAAUACAGCUAUUAUAAUGGCGGCACAACAGUUUAUUUAUAGAAUCUUGCUGAGCAAGUUAGUCAAGCUCUUUAUAUUUUUAUGUUUGUACACCCGGUUUCCUGGUGCAGACAUUUGAAGGAAACUCUAUCACCCCCUUGAGUAUGGAGGUAUCUUACUUCGUGCAACAGGCUCUUGCAAUGCUUUAACUAAGCUUUUGCAUUUGUGUACUUGCAUACAGUAUGUUUCUAGCCCAAGGUAGCACAGGAUGUUGGUAACUGUAAGAGGAAACUUGUGUUUGAAUGUAUUUUUUGCUUGUUUCUUGAUAUGUUUACUUUCUCUGAUAGUUUGUGUCGGCUUUUUUUGUCUAGCACUAGAGAGUUGAAGCGCUGUGUCUCAAUCAGUCUCUCUCUUUUUUUCUGCCUUUAUAUCAUGUGUCUCAAAUGUUGGAAAGGAUGCACUGUUUUCAACUUUUUUUUUUUUUUUUUUUUUUUGUCUUUUGUCCACUGCAGUGUAAUUUGACACCAUUUUAAGGUGCUUAUUUAGCAGUUGGAGGCACCAGACCUCCAAUACAUGUGUAUAUAUGACAUAUCCUUGAAGAAAUAUCUGCUUUUUUGACAGACAUCCAGAUAGUCUUUUCAGUAGCUGUGAGACACCACUUUCUUCACAAUGUUCGUAAAGUGAUAUGUACACCCAAAGGACUACGAUUUCUAGCCUUGUUUUGUCGUCUAAAGUGGAAAUUUUUUUUUUCUUCUUAAAUGGUAUUUUCAUUCUGCUUUCUUGUUUUUGUUUUGUGUUGUUUUGAAAAGUUACUAUUGUGCAAUUUGUCAAAUGCACUUUUAACGUUUUGUGUUAAAGCCUAUCACACUUAAUUGUCCUCCCUCAAAACCAAAGCGAACAAAACUAUUUAAGAUCAAAAACUGAUCCAUAUCUCUGAAGAUUUGAAUUCAUCCACACAUUUAGGGAAAUUUAUAUGGGACAUCACCUGUGAUAUCCACAAAGUUUAGCUCUCAGUUUUGUUGAAAAUAAUCGUACUCUGGAUUUCAAAGCCAAAUAGCACUGAUGAACAAAACCCACACUGACCCUGAAAAGAAAAAUGAUCUUUCAGUCCUACCGCUGGUGUUGAGUUUAGGGCUGGUGCUCUACGCUAAUGUUUGUAGCCUAAAUGCCCUUGAACAAAACAGAUUACUGCAUUUUACUCUUGAAAGCUCUUUGUAAUUGGUUAAAGGAAUGCUCUUGACAGCCUUAGUAGCAUAAUAUCAAUUAAGACAGAAAAUAGUUUUGGGCUCGACACUCCUUUUAACGCAAACCAAGGUCAAUGUAACAUUUACAAGAACACAGGGCCAGUUAUUUUUGUUUGCAAAUUCUAACCAAUAUUAUAGACUAGAUUAAGACUAGUUUGAUUUAAUAUAAUUUACUAUCUUUGUUCAAGCUGUAUCCCAUUUUUUUUUAACUUCAGUGUCAUGAAACGGAGUACAGUAAAGCCAACAACUCGCAGGAAUUAUCAUGAUAUUCAGGCGUUCAUCCACUAGAAAAGUAUUCCCACUUCAGAAAGGUCAAUUUAAACAAAUUUACAGUUUUGUGCUGCAUAAUUCAUGUAAGUACUUUAACAAAAAUGCUUUUAAACCCUCCAGCACUCUUGACCUGUUUACUUCCAUUCUAAGUGUUACUGUAACUAUGAAUUUUGAUUUGUUUUUUUUUUUAAAACUGAGGGAUUAGUCCAAAUGAUUUUCAGCGGUAAUCAAUAUUAUGCCGUCGAUAGAGCUUAGCUUGCAUUGAACCGGAACAUUCCUUUAAUUGAUUGCAAAGAAAAAGGAAAUGUGGGAACAUCCAAAAAGUACAAAGUUAUAAAGCACAUCUCCUGUGUAGAUAUGAAUACACUUGAUUUUGUUCUGUUCUUCUCCGGUUUGUGUGUUAAUUUGCUUCAGCGCUGUUGUGGAUGGUUGUUUCUUUCAAGUGUCACCAGUGUUUGUUUUUCAACCAUUAUUCUUUACGACCAUUUCUACCUCAUUGCUACAUAUUGACAUGUAGUACCUAUGUUCUGUCUUUUUUGAAUGUCACACAUUUGUAUAAAAGAAAAUAAAACAGAAAAACGUAUAAAAACAAUUUAAAAGAACAAAAAAAUGAAGAAAAAAAAAAAAGAAAAAGGCUUGUUCUUUAACUUGAGCAGUCUACCUCAGAAAGACUGUCUGUCCGUACACUGAGCAGUGGAGAGUAGCUGCACAUACUGAAAAGACACAUUAGGCAGACGAUGCACACUGACCACACCAACUCGACGAUUCGUUAUGCCGCCGCGAUCUGGGAUAUUGUGGACUGUAUAGGUCUUCUCCAAGGUCUCUACAUGCAAAUUUUUCCUUUCAUUUUUCAAUUGAAGUAAAUCGCUUUCCCCCUUUGUGAACUGUAGUGUGCAUGUGGAUGUGUAUGUGUGUGCACUUAUUAUGAAGUGUGUAAGUGUGCAUUUUUCUAUAUGAAAAUUCUAUAUGAAAUGUAGGUACAUUUCAUAUACCAUAUUUGUACAUGAGAUACACUUGCACAUUUGUGUACUUAAUGUACAUUCGUUAUUAGUAUAACAUUUUGAAACGCACCACAUACAUGUUAAUAUGUGUGUGUAUGUACAAUAUUGCCAUAAUUACAUUCAACGUAAAUGUAUUUUCAUGUAUGCAUAGGGACAAAGGACAAUAAAAGAUCAUUCAAAUGCUUUUGAAACGUCGUGUUUUAUUUUUCUUUUCUGUUGCAUUCCAGAUGCAUAAAUUUUAGUUCAAAUCUCUCUAUGAAUCUCUCAAUGCUUUUGCUUUUCUGCAUUGAAAUUAAAUGACAUGGUAAAUGGAAAGAUGUAUUUGAGAGAGACCUAUACACUGCACAAUAUAUCAAACAUUAAGGUGUUUUUUGUGAAGUUCCACACCAAAAAAAAAAAAAAAGUUAAGUUACUCAUAACUGGGCACCAGCAUAGACAUCCAGUUAAAGCAAAAUCUUUUUUUCUUUUUUUUACAUUUAUGAUUGUCUUUAAUUUUGUUUGGAAAUGCACACUCAUUUUCAUGUGUGAAUGUACAAAUUUAUAAAUGCUAAUGGAUUUUCAGGAGCCAGCCAAUAAAAUCUAAUCUAACAUCUGUACAAAACUAUUAACCCCCUCAAAUGGUAGGAAAUUGUAUUAUUUCACUCUCUCAAUCAGCUGCAAAUACAGCUUGAAUUAUUUAUGAUCAUUUUAGGAUGCUUUUCUGUAAAGCAGCUUUGAUUGUGAAAAGCAUUUUGCAACAUUCAAUACUUAAAUUUUGAUAUUUAUAUAUGUACUCUGAAUUGGUGUAUACAUGAUAUACUGUGGAUAAAAUAACACAACAGUUUGGAUUCUAUCUUAA